GUCUACAACCCCGCACCCUGUUCCAAUGAGGGUACAACCGAAAAUUAGAGGCCAAGUGGAAGAAGUGCCGGAACUGACCGACGAUUUUGAGGACAUCUCCUUUGGCGGAAAAAUUAUUGACGGUGGAUUGACAGACGAGUUUCCGUCCGAUUUCUCGAACCGCGAAGUUCAGAACUUCUUCGAUGAGGAGCCCCGAAAAGAGACCCCAGAGGUCAAACUAGAGCCUGAUAAGUUGCCCCAACCAUCCCAGCCAAUGUUCAUCACCAGGGAGCAACUGCUCGAAAACCCGCCGCAGGAGCUGCUAGCUACCGUACCCCCGACGAGGCCUCCGCCUCCACCACCACCACCUCCUACUCUACGGCCACAACCGCCGUUGUUCAUCCCUGAGCCCGAGGCCGAGCAGCUCGACUUUGACUCCACGGAGCUGCUGGAAGGAGCUGAGGAGCACCCGCUCGUCUCGAUGUUCCCGGCCACCUUGGACCGAGAAGCCCGUGCCCUGCAGAGACAAUUCUGGAGGCCAAAGCCCUUGGAACACCGCCCACCUUCACCGCCUAUGCAACCCGAAGAGGAGAUCGACCUCAUGGAGGAGGCGCACAAUGAGAUCGAGAGUCCAGCUCGAACUCGCCCCCUGAAUAGUGCCAAUCCGACGUUUGCCAACAACAAGGUGGAUAGCCGCUCCCUCCAGCCCAGCGCCCCUCAGCCUCCGAUCGCUCCUUCCGGUUACGGUAGCGCUGAGGAGAUUCAGCCAUAUUCCCCACAACACCGAGCUCAGGGCUGGAACAAACCCGUUACGCCACCAAAUCGACCUACCCACCAGCAGGGCCCACAGCAACCAUCCCUGCCUGAUGUCUUCCCGCAGCAGAGAGGGCAGAAGCCCCAGGGUCCCGCCCCGAUCUCUGAUGACACCGUCAAGGCACUUGAUUGGAUGCUGAACAACAUAACCAAGGCAGCGGAGGCUGGAGACAAGCAAUUUUUGAAAACAUUCCAGCCAGAAUCGUCGAAUCCACCCGGAUAUUCACCCACUUUUGAGCCAUACCAGCCGGCCGAGCCAUUGCCUCCAGGAACCCGCCGCGUCAGCUACGGUAUCAGCAAAAAGAAGCCGGGCAUCUCGAAAAAGGUCGGGGCACCGUCAAAUGCUCAUCGACGCCAGCAUGGUUGGGCGCCGCAGCAUGACGGCGAGAUGAAGCCAAAGAUCGGGCGGAAGAAGCUGCAAAAGAGGCCACCCGGGUUGAGCCGAAGAAAGAAGCCGUGGCGUGGACUGUCGAAAGCGCACUAUCCAAAGGUCGAGGGAGGCGAUGGGGCUACGAUCCAAGCGGCCACCCAGCAAAGUGAGCACAAAAACACGGGAGGCUACGAUGGACGAAGGGCGUUAGCCGCUCGACAGCUUCCGGUUCAGAAAUCCCCAGCCGGCCAGGCGUUGAUCGACGAGAUCGACGAGUUGCAGGCAUUAAUGGGAAGUAUCGAGAAAGAGCUCAAACUCGUCGGGGCCAAGAAGGAGAAAGCUCGCGUGGCGAUGGAGGAAUUUAAGAAAGACGAUCUCGAAAACCCAUCCCUCAACGGCGAUCGAUUUAUGGGCGAAAAAGUGCUCAGGCACACGAAUGCCAUGGAUCUGGAGCUGGCGCCGCGGCGGGGCUUUGAGGUUCAGAGAGGGGCUUCUAUUGGAAUUAUUGAGCAACACCAGAAUGAGCCGUUAAUUUUCUCUGAUGGUCCUGUAGCGGAAAUUGGAUCCGCCGGAACCUGGAAACCGUGGUCAGUGUGGGGGAAGUGCUUCUGCGGAAAUCAGGUUCGAACGCGGGCCUGUGACUACGUGGAAGGCGUCACGACGAUUGGGUGUGAAGGCCCCUCCUACCAAAGCCGACCGUGCAAAGGAGGCGUCUGCCCAGCCCGGGAUCCACAUCCCCGGCAAACGAUAAAGCUGAGACCGUCGAUUCCGGAAGAGGAGCCGGAAUACGAAGUGCCCAGCCGCACGGAUCGAGCCUACUUCCGGCAACGAGCCUUGGCCCCCGCCGGGUUUGUCGCUCUC